AGAACUACCAUAUGUGGCAGAGUGAAUACUUUGAACACUGCUUGGAAAAGCCAGGUUCUUUGCUGUCAUCCCAGAAGGCCAUGAGGUAUUCUGGAUGGAUGGCUGCUGGGAACCCAUUGCCAUAGCCAACUCUUCUUCAGUACUUAAAGAUUUACCCUGGCAUUGAGUAAUGAGAAUUUCGAAACCAUAUUUGAGAAGUACUUCCAUCCAGUGCUACUUGUGUUUACUUCUAAACAGUCAUUUUUUAAAUGAGGCUGGCAUUCAUGUCUUCAUUUUGGGUUGUAUCAGUGCAGGUCUUCCUAAAACAGAAGCAAACUGGCAUGAUGUAAUAAGUGAUUUGAAAAAAAUUGAAGAUCUUAUUCAAUAUAUACAUAUUGAUGCUACUUUAUACACUGAAAGUGAUGCUCAUCCUGAUUGCAAAGUAACAGCGAUGAAGUGCUUUCUCCUGGAGUUACGGGUCAUUUCACAUGAGUCCAGCAAUAUGGACAUUAACAACACAGUAGAAAACCUUAUCAUCCUAGCAAACAGCAGUUUAUCUUCUAAUGGGAAUAUUACAGAAUCUGGAUGCAAAGAAUGUGAGGAACUGGAAGAAAAAAAUAUUAAAGAAUUUUUGCAGAGUUUUGUGCAUAUUGUACAGAUGUUCAUCAACCCCUCUUGAUUGCAAUUGAUCCUCUUCAGCGUUUCUAUUAUUAACAAACAUUUUCCCACUGCUUAGAGGCAACAAAACACUCUGCAGUUGAAAUCUGCUGCCAAAACAAGUUUCUGUAGCAAGAAGAUGAUCAAGAUUUUGGAUCAGAUGAACUCUUAAAAAUAGAGGAAGAAAAAUGUCAUUGAGUAACAUAGUGACUGUGAACUUCCUUCAGACUUAUUUUGCUCAUUUAUUUUUAAUUUAUUAUUGAAAUUGUACAUAUUUGUAACAUAAUGUAUAAAAU